CGGAGCCGAGCCCAGCUGAGCCGUUCCCAGCCGAGCCAGGCGCCGGGACCCACGGCGGUGACAAGCCCCGGGUGUGCGGGCAUGGCACAGUGACCCCGCCGCCGCACCGGGUGGAUGCUUGAGAGUGGAGGAUAAGGUACAAGUGUCUGGGACCGGUGGAAUGGAGGCCUGAUGUAGAUGGAAAGAUGGAUGAAGAAGAAGCUCUGAACUCUAUUAUGAAGGAUUUGGCAGCGUUGGGCAAAUGUGGGGGGCUGCUGGACAACAACAGGAAUAAAACCAGUGUCCACUACAGUAAACAGCAGCGAAAUGUCAGGAUCAAGUUUGAAUAUGAAGGAGAGAAAAGGAUUAUCCAGUUUCCAAGACCAGUCAAAUUCAAAGAAGUGGUGCAGAAGGUCACGGAUGCUUUUGGACAGACAAUGGACUUAGUCUGUGUGAACAAUGAGCUCCUGAUCCCACUGAAAUCCCAAGAAGAUUUGGACAAAGCGCUGGAACAGUUGGAGCUGAGCCCUUCCCUGAAGAGCCUGCGGAUCCUUGUGAGCGCUCCAAAGAAAGCGAAUCUCCUCCAGCCAAACAACAGCAAACAGCAUGAAAUGAGGAUCUCCAGGUCCAUGGGUGAUAUCAUGGGAUCCCUGUACAAGGACUCCGAGAGGACACGCAAAUACUCAACAGGCUCUCUGCACACUGGCCGGAGCUCUCCGCCCCCGGGCAGUGUUCCUGAGGAGCAGCAGCAGAUCGCCCGCCAGGGAUCCUACACCAGCAUCAACAGCGAGGGCGAGUUCAUCCCCGAGACCAUGGACCAGAACAUGCUUGAAGCUUUCAUCAGCCCUGACGACUCGCUGUCUGGGAGCUGCCAGUCUCUGGACAGAUCUGUGGACAGCCCUCCUUUUACCCAAACCCCCGUUCCUGGAAGGAAGAGCCAUCCCAAAGACAGCCUUGAUUGCAUGGAUUUCGACAUCCCGUUCUGCGAGAGGUUUGGGAAAGGCGGGACGUUCCCGAGGCAGUACCACCUCUCCCAAAGCCGCAAGGACUACAGUGACGGUCGGAGGACUUUCCCCAGGAGUUACUUCCCGCAGGAGAACCUGUUCCAGCUCGUCCCCUCCAGCAGAACCAAGAGUUUUAACGGGGACAGCAAGCUCAGCACGCUGCAGUACGAUGAGUACAGGCCCAAAUGUUGGAACAAUUGUGAGAAGGGUCUGCAAGUCUUCAGCACCUCCCCUACAAAAGCGAGGAACUCCCUGCAGGCACCUGUGAACUGGAGGCUGGGGAAGCUGCUGGGAAGAGGAGCUUUUGGGGAGGUUUAUCUCUGCUACGAUGCUGACACUGGGCGGGAGCUGUCAGUGAAGCAGGUGCCUUUUGAUCCUGACAGCCAAGAGACAAGUAAAGAGGUGAAUGCUUUAGAAUGUGAGAUCCAGCUGUUGAAGACUCUCCGUCACGACAGGAUAGUGCAGUACUACGGGUGCCUGAGGGACCCUGAGGAGAAGAAACUGUCUAUCUUUGUUGAAUACAUGCCAGGGGGCUCAAUAAAGGACCAGCUAAAAGCUUACGGUGCUCUGACCGAGAACGUCACACGGAAGUACACCAGGCAGAUCCUCCAGGGAGUCUUCUACCUACACAGCAAUAUGAUUGUCCACAGGGACAUUAAAGGUGCCAAUAUCCUGAGAGAUUCUGCUGGAAAUGUGAAACUUGGAGAUUUUGGGGCCAGCAAACGCAUCCAGACCAUCUGCAUGUCUGGGACUGGGAUUAAAUCUGUCACGGGAACACCGUACUGGAUGAGCCCAGAGGUUAUCAGUGGAGAGGGCUACGGAAGGAAAGCUGAUGUGUGGAGCGUGGCCUGCACCGUGGUGGAGAUGUUAACGGAGAAGCCGCCGUGGGCAGAGUUCGAGGCCAUGGCGGCUAUUUUCAAGAUCGCCACCCAGCCGACCAACCCUCAGCUCCCUGACAGCGUCUCCAGCUGCUGCCGAAACUUCCUCAAGCAGAUCUUCGUGGAGGAGAAGCGGAGGCCGACGGCCGAGGACCUGCUGAGACAUCCCUUUGUCAACUGCGGGCUCUGAGCCCCCGGCAGCGGGGUUGGGAAGCGCCGGCGGGACGGAGGCGGCCGCUGGACCCGCGGUCAGACCCCUGCUUGGGGCUGUCCUGACAGUGGCCCCCGCAGGUCCCUUCUCGCUCGUCGUUGCCUCGGCACCCGCCACGCUGUUGGAUUUUCAAGCUGCGUUCGGGACUGUUGGCGCCGGGAAUUCGGAGCGAGGGAUUUCCCGGACUGUGCGGGUGCUGGCCUGGGACCACGUAACCUCCUCGCCGCCAGCGGUACCGGGGUUGUCCCCCCUCGCCGUGUAACUGAUCUCUUGGGGGAAGUGCAGCAAAUGGGAUCUGUCCCCCCAGCAUGACGGCGGUGCUGGCAGCACCCUCAGGACCGGGGGAGGAAUCGGAUGCUCAGUGGCCAUCACUGCCUUUCGCAGAGGAACAGAGACAGGGCCUUCAGCCGAGCCGGAGGAGAUGAUCCUCAGACCGCAGAGUCGGGGGGACCCGGGUGUCCCCGUUCCCAAGGGGACUGACCCCGCUGGAGCUCAUGGGACCAGCCGGCGGCUCCAGGGGGGCGGCGUUUCAAUCUGUCCUGUGCCUUACGCGGUUACAAUCAAGGAGUGAUGCUCGACUCGGAGUCGGGUGUGAUGAUGCA